AUGGACAUUUACUGGCUGGGCCAUGCCUGCUUCAGGCUGCGUUCGACAAGCGCGGGGCUGUCGAUCAUCACCGACCCGUAUGCCUCCGGCGUGGGCGGUUUGGGGGUGCAGAUGGACCCCCGGCAGACGGUGGACGCGGUAGGGGUUACGGUGAGCCACGACGACCUGAUGCACAACAGCGCGGGCGAGAUUGGCGGCCAGCGACGGGUGUUCGACACGCCCGGCGAGUACGAGUUUCAAGGGAUCACCAUCCGGGCGGUGAUGACCCCGCUGCCCGAGGGGACGCCGCGCAGAAAGCGAAACGUGGCGUUCGCCAUUGCCCUGGACGGUAUCAACGUGUGUCACCUGGGGAACAUCACGCAGCCGCUGACGGCGCAACAGAUCGACCUGAUCGGGCCGGCGGAGGUGGUACUGGCGCCGGCGGGCGGGUCGGACCACAACCUGCUGUCGUACCGGGCCAUCAACCAGACGGCGCAGCAACUGGACGCGAAGUGGCUGAUCCCCAUGCACUACCGGGCGGAGCGGGAGCCCUCGGCGGUGGAGCCGGAAGGGCCGGAGGCGUUCCUGCGGGAGAUGGGCGUGGCCGAGGGGAGCCUGCAGGCCCAGGGCCGGAUGCAGGUGACGCGGAACAACCUGCCGCCUUCGCUGCAGGUCGGGUUGAUGGCGCCGCAGUUCAGGACGCAGUAG